UGUCACUGUCAGUGGUGGCAAGUUGGAGGUAUCAUGUCACAAUUUUGUAUUUUCAAACAAAAAUGUCUAAGAACAACAUAUUUAAAGCAACGAUAUUGUUAAUUUGUGUAUUUAUUCAAAAUGGACAGUGCACCCAUCUAAAGGGAACAUUUAAAUCGGACGAGUUCUUUAAGUUUCUAAUAAAAUUCGGGUUCCAAAAGACUGAUCAGCACCAGGCAGAAUCUAGUCAUGGAUACAUUUUCGGAAACAUCACUUCAAAACAAAAGUUUUCAGUUCCUAUAACGUUUGCAGUACUCGAUAGGCAGUAUUUUCUAGAUUAUUAUAAAAACAGAGUUAUUUAUGACAAAGAUCGGGCAUGUAAGAAUAUGUUUAGUACUCUGAAAACGAGAGCAUACGAUAGCAAAUGUAGUAAAGAAGGAAAGGAUUAUUUGAGGAGGAUUCCUUGCGCGAAAGGUAAACUAUGCGAAGACGAAGAUAAUCCAUAUCAUGUCGUGAAGAAUAAUCAGUUUACUUAUGUUAUCCAGGACUUCAAACAGCCUUCUUUUUGGUACCUAUCAAUAGUAGCCUGCUACCAUGACGUCUCAACCUGCGAGUGGAAAUAUUACCAUACAUACACUCCCUACGAAAUCGACUACGACAUUUGGCUCGUCAAUGGCAACCCAAACGGUUCCUCGAUCAGUACCUUGACGUACCAGUUUUCCUUCGACAGGCAGAACACGUUGGAGCUGUAUUUGGUGUUUUGGUUGUGCUAUAUGGUAUUAGUUCCUCUUCAGUGCCAUGCUGUUAAGACGCAGAAACAUCCUGUAACUAGGUUGUUUACAGCUAGUUUGAUAUUGGAUUUUAUAGCUUUGUGUCUAAUAUUAGUACAUACGUUGAGGUAUGCUCUGGAUGGUGUGGGGUAUCCCAAGUUGGCUAUGACCGGAGAUAUUUUUGAUAUAUUAUCUAGGACUUCAUUCAUGCUUCUUCUGCUCCUGUUAGCCAAAGGAUGGGCCGUUACUCGUUUAGAGCUUACCUGGAAGCCUUUAGUGUUUGCCAUAUGGUUGUGCUAUGGUAUAGUGCACAUCCUUUUAUAUGUUUGGAAUUUGACGGAAGUAGAUAUUAUAGAAGACAUAGAUGAAUACCAAACGUGGCCUGGAUGGUUAAUAAUAGUUUUUAGGUCAUUAAUAAUGAUCUGGUUUUUAUACGAGCUGCGUACUACCAUGUUGUAUGAACAUAAUACGCAAAAGUUGAAUUUUUUACUACAUUUCGGGGCCUCUAGCUUGGUCUGGUUCAUUUAUUUGCCCAUUUUAGCGCUUAUCGCUUUACAUGUGUCUGCGUUGUGGAGAUUCAAACUGUUGUUAGGUAUAACUUACUCUGCGGACUGUUUCGCGUACUGCGUGAUGGCCCACCUGUUAUGGCCGACGCGUUCCGAGCAGUACUUCCUCCUGAAGGGCCCCUCAUCGGCCGACCUCGAGGAGCUAGACGAGUUCAACGAAGCGCCGCACAUCGUCAACAACUCCUACACCUCGAUGUCCAGCAUAAACUCCUAUGAGAUUUGUAAAUACGACGCAAACGACACCCAAAAAACCAAACUGAUCAACGUCAACACGUGAGGGGAAUUUUUUCAGCUGUUUAUGUGUUUUUGUGUCGAUUGCGGAGGCUGUGUUGAAACGAAAAAAGCGAGAUUUUGACUUUUUACAUACUGACGUAGUUUAUGUUAAACUUAGGCGGUUACCUAUUUGAUAAGUUGAAAACGUAUUUUUGUGCAAUAUCGCCAAGUCAAUUUAAGAAUGAAUAUUUAGGAUUCCUAAAUAGUUAUAGAUUAGAGAUUCAUAUAUACUGCAGACUUCUUGACCAGUUGCUACAUUCGCCUUUUUUUCAUCACUUAUGUGUUAAAUAUCGAUAUUUACAGUACAUUUUACUUAAUAGUUUCAUUUUACUUAAUAUAGACUUUUAUUACAUCAUCAUUAUCAUCAAUAUAGUGCUACCGCCCUCAAGAGUGUUGACUGCGCCAUGUUCUAUUCUUUAAAGCGUCUUGUGUCAUCCCAACUGCCCACCUGACCUUUGAUCUACCCAGUUUACACGUAUCCACCGCUUGCGCAACUGAUUUUUUUCUUAUAUUUGAUUCUAGUGUCUAGGCUACCCCUCUACCUCCUGUUUUGUCCAUUUGUAGACGGAUUAGAUUGAUUUUAGCUAUAACCAAUAUAUAGACAUCGAUUUAUUUUCUGCAAACAGCAGAAAUAAAAAGGAGAAGACUCGCAUGGGUGACAUUCGGAAACAUGAGCUCAUCAUCAUCAGCCAAAUUUGUCCACUGUCGGACAUAGGCCUCCUCAAGAUGUCUCCACCCUUCUCUGUCCUGCGCAGCUGCAAUCCAGUUUGUUGCUAUUCUUUUAAUGGCGUCGGGCCAUCUGGUAGGUGGUCUUCCACGACUUCGCUUGUCUGCCCUUGGCCGCCACUCUAAAAUCUUCUUUGUCCAAAAUGUUCUGUUGUCUCGGAGAGACAACAGAAACAUGAGCUAUAUCCUGAAAACCAGAAAUAUGCUCAAUACCUCCGCACAAAAGUAUAUGAUCAAUGUGUCCUACCAGUACUUAUAUAUGGCGUACAGACAUGGACCUUCACAAAGGAAAAGAUGGCCAAGACUCAGGGCAAUGAAAAGGUAGAUGCUGGGCAUCAAGCUAAGUGAUAGCUAUGUUUUCUCCUACUCUUAGCUCUAACUUCAGAUCUCUUGUGCAGAGCACUUUUCUCAUUUUGUUAAAUUUCGCUAUAUUCUAAUUUUAAUCUCCUGGAAGUAAUAAUUAUUAGUGGAGUUGUUCCAAGAUAUGCAUAUUGUUCUACUCGUUCGACAAUGGUUCCGUUUAUGAGGAGAUUCUCGUUAUUUCUUUGGUUUUAGAUAUUCUCAUAAAUUUUGUCUUCUUGAUGUUCAUUGUUAGACCGUAUUCUUGGCUAUACAUCGUUAUUCUGUUCACCAGUCUCUGAAGAGUUCACGGUCAAGUGAAUC